UGCCGGUCUGUCUCUUUGAUCUGUCAUUCGUUUAUUUGUCAAAAAUAAUGGUUUUGUGAUUUUUCUACAACUUUGUCAAUCUGCCACGAAUUUUCUCGUUUGCCUUUUGGAAAAACCCAAAUUAUAAUAUUUGUCACUUUUUGUCAUAAACAGCGUUCUCCGUUUGAUCGAAUUUCUCCGGUAGUUGAUUAGUAAUUAAGUAUAAUUUUUGUGUGCAAAAAUUGAUUAUUUUAUUUUGUUUUGUUUAUCCGUGGCUUAUUGGUACAAUAAUAGCUAAUACAAACCACAUUUCGUGUUACGUAGGUAGCUACUUUUAUCAAUAAAUAUAACGUGUCAAUAAUGUGAAAUGUGAAGUAGAGUAAUCUUGUUGAGUUAUGGAUGAAAGCACUAAGAACUCCCCUUGUAAGGCAUGCAAUGAGGGUGCGGAUGAGGUGCAGUUGCAUGCUGAAGUGGAGCACCUCCGGCAGCACCUUGCAGAGAGGGAUGCACAUAUUUUAGUCCUCGAGGGGGAGUUUAUUAAGACCACAACCAAAGCCAACAACUUCGAGGAACAGCUUAAUACUUGGAGGGAAAAAUACGAAAGAUUGUAUGAUUCACACAAGAGGGUGCAGAAAUUGAAUCAAGUUCUUGAGGAGAAGUUGCUGCAAAUGGUGGAUAAGAUGAAGGGUGAGAAGAGUCAGCUGACGAAGGACAUAGCCACACUCUCCGUGAGGCUGGCAGAGUCCAAACACAAUUACAGCAUGCUGCAAAAAGAAAAUGAGCGAUACAAGAAUGAUAUGAACCUAGCGAUCCAGCUUCUACAAUGUAAACCUGACAAUUUUGUAUCCCAAAAGCUUGACAAUCUUCCUGUGGACACGCAGGCGAGGGUCUCGCAGUACGUCAUGUCGAAAACAACAAAACCAUCGAGCUCAACUCAGUCUAAAAAUGGUAACGAAAAUGACACCUUCGACGCAAGUGAGUACGAAUUCAACAUUUCUGCUUCACUUAUGUCUAAAAUCCUUGAGGACAGCAUUCAAGACACCGUGACUAAGCACUGUGAUACAUGCACUUGUUCUAAAUCUCAGAACAAACCUUUCUGCUACAAUGAAACUUAUUAUUCUGUGGCAACUCAAACUUUCCUUACUGGAGAAAUGAAAAAUUCCCUGUGUCUAAGUUGCAAUGGUGAGGUGAAGUCUGUGAACUCAAACCUGAGUAUUAGAAGCGCAUCUCCACAUGGAAUUAAACUGUUCAAUGAGAAGGCAUCUUUUGGUCUUACUGGACCAUUGUAUAUAGUACCGCAGCAAGAAACCCGAAAAGAUAACCAUGAUAGUGUUAGUGUACAGAACAUCUCUGAUAAAAUUAAACCCAAUCACUUGUCUGUUAAUCAUCCUAAAUUUGAUGAUUCUAAAUUGCUGUUAGAAACAGUCUCGCCGAAGGCAGAGGAAGUAAAACACUCAAUUAAAGAUGAUAGCACUAUGGAACCAGCUGUCCAUCAUAAACUUUGUGAUCGUACUAAGUCAUUAUCUAGUAAGAAAAGUAGCAUCCAUAGCGCCGCAGGAAACGAAGAUUUCCUUGUUAAGGAUACUUUAACGCCUAAAGAACAUCUUAAAACUGAAAAUCAGAUUGUGGAUAAUAGAGGUGGUAGAAAAAAUUCUCAAAGUUCAAUGGGUGCUAUAAGUAGAACAUCAUCAUUAGCAAAAUCCACAGUUAGCACUCACAAGUCUAACAAUCAGGUGGGACCUGGGCCGAGGUUUUGCCAUCUCCGUAUGCAAGCUGGCUCCAAGAAUAUACUGCUGGAUAAUGCCGAGCCAGACCUGCCUCCAGUCCUAUACAGACGCCAAAGUAAAUCCAACGAAACUUCCAUUUUCAAAGAUCUCGCGGAUGAUCUAGAUCACUUCAUUGAUAACAACAAAAAUGAAGCUGAUACGAAAAACGAUCCUCUGAAUGAUAACGUUGUUAUAGAAAGUACUCUUAUCGACGUCCAUGUCGACAAUAACAACAAAGAAUCUGAUUUGAUAGAACAACAAGCACCCAUCAACCCCGUGUUACUUAACGUAUCUUCUUCGCCUCUUCAGCCACUAAAAACUCACACUUUCUCAAAUAGCUCAGAGUACAACAAUAAUUCACAAAGUAUUGGUAGUCAACAAAACAAUACAGAAAUUAAUAACCUUCUAAACGAUUUUACACCUGACGUUACUAACGUCCAAAAUAACAACGUUCAAACAACCGAGACGCAAAAACGUGGUAAACAUGACAAUGUAACGCCAGUGGACAACAAUGACAUGAAGAUUUUUAACUUCGAUCGGUAUGAACAGAGCAAAUUAGGAACUCAUUUUAACAGGCCAUUGAGGAAGAUUGACAUGUCACAGCUGCACUCUAUCGAAAAUACGAAGAUAUCUAAAGAUUAUCCUUCGCAACUUAAUGGACCUAAACUUGAGAAGAAAGCCGGCCCUGCUCUCAAAGCGACACUGCCGGCUGUAGUCAAUGUGUAUCCUAAUUUGACCCAGACACAUCUUAAAGUUAACGAGCAUAAAAAAGUGUUCACCAAUGAGCAAAGCACCAGCUCUUUGUCAAGUGAUGAUAGUGCCGCUUUACUGCAAAAACAGCAGUUGCUGAGAGUGGCCGAAUGGGUCGAAAAGAACCUAGAACAGCAAAACAGUUACAAUGAUCCUUUAGAGGAUGAAAUGAGCUUCAGUAACAGAGCUUUGCGAAGAGAUAAAGUGUGUAGAUUGACGGAAACUCUCAACGAACUAGCUCUGAACAUGCCGCAUCCUGUGAGCAAGUAUUCGAAAUCCUAUUCAAGAGAGGGGCGCAUGUGGUCCCACACAAAUAACAAAACGAAUGCACAAAGUGAAGAAAAGCCUGUGAAAAAUGUUCCGAAUGCAAUUAUUACUAGUAAUGUGAUUAAAGAAACGAUAUUUCCCGUGGAGAGUGGCCAAGCGACUGUGACAAAAUGCGAAAAUAAACCAAGUUUGAACAAUCGGAAUAAUCUCGAGGAGUUUGACAAGGAGUUGAGAGAAGCGCUGACGUCUAAUGGGGACAAUGAAAUUACUGCGGAAGAUUUGGCGCGAAUGGAGUAUAACGUGAAGAAGUUUCUGUUGAGUGGGCCGCACUGGGCCGCCCCCGGCGCGGUGGGCCGCAGUCGCCGCACAAGUAGCAAAACUGAGACUGAUGUUUGAUUCCAUUGUAUGUAGACGUAGUUGCGACAUUCCAUCUCUCACACGUAUUGUGUACUAAUUUUGUAGACAUUUUUGCGAGCAGUUUUUUCUUAAUGUCUUGCUUCUGUAUUUAUAGUAGAAAGUCUUCAUUGUUUCAGAAUAUAUCACAAGCAAAUAUAAUGCAAUAUUAUACUACUUUUUAAUAUUUAAAAAUUGUACUUUAAUAUUUAAGUGAAUAUUUUUCUGCCAUUUAUUUGUAUAGGCGUUCUUACUUUAUUUUACCGAAUUACGCUAGUCUUUUUAUAAAUAUGUUAAAUAUUAAAUCGAUGUUAAUCAUUAUGUGGUUUUUAAAAUUAUCAGUAUGUACUAAUUAAAUACAGUUGAAUGUGAUCGUGUUACUUAGAAUAGAACCCAAUCGAAACUAAUAUUUUUGGGAUUUUUAAUAAGGAAAGCACAAUCAGUAUUGUCUUAGAAUUUCACGACGUUUCAUAGUCGCACAAUAGACAUGUUUUAUGAAAUAAUAUAACUUGUUUAUAUGCGUACUGCGAAAUGGCCCUAUUUAAGGGUGUAUGUUUCCGGUAGUUCUGUGUUAGCGUUUACUAGAUAUGGAUAUUUGUCAAAAUCAAGGCUGCCCCUAGCUAGUUAGUCUUUAGAUUAAUUCAAAUCUAUGUAAAUGUUUUAGUUUGUUCAUUUAAUCAGCUAAUUCAAUGACGUUAUUCAACAAUCAUAAAACGAAUGGUAAUACAUUAGUUGUAGCCAAUAAAUGUCUUUACUUUCAUGAUCAUGUAUGUAUCUACGUACAUACAAUACCUAAUAUAAUAAAAGUAAAUGAAUCUUUGAUUUUUGUUGGAAGGGUGGUAAUACUGGUAUGCCUGAUUUUAAAUGGCUCGGUGUAAACUGCGUGACAUCUAAGCAUGUCUGUAAACUUUUUAAAAUCCAUUUAUUAGACAGUUAAUGACUAGACGUCAAUGAAAUGGCUGAUUUAAUCAAUUAUCUGUAACGGGAAAAUAUUUUCUACGUUAUGUAAAUGCAUUUGCUAUAUCUAACAGAGAAUGCAGUCUAUACGCAUAAAAACAGGUCUGAGAUACCUAUCUCAGAUCUGAUGAUUGAGGGUAAAUUACGAGUAAAUUCAUUGAAAUAACAUAAAAAAUAUUUUGCCGGUGUCCCUAAAUGUGUUAAGUAUUUAGUAUGCUUCUGAAUUUGUGAUAAUGCUGUGAGGUACUAUGGUAUGUACAAAAUACUCUGGCUAUAGUGCAGAUUUAUUAAUAUCAGUAGAGUUACUGGAAGGGUUCAGAUAUCAUCGUUUUCGCCGCUUAAAAGUGAAAUGCCUAUUAGUUUAAUACUAAAUUGCAGCGAUAGUGUGCUUUCAUUAAAUAAAAACUAAGUAUUUGAAAGAAAGAAAGAAAAAACGUUUAUUUGGUCAAACAUAUUAGUACUUAGUAUUUUUUUUACCUUCAGUCAACAGUUUUAAGAACAGAUGAGAUACAAUUUCCAGACUUCAACACACACGCAUCAGCUUAAUUGUUGGUGUGUUAUAAAAUGAAUAAAUAAACUUUGGGUAGGUACAUAAAAAUAAAUGCAAAUAUAUAUCUUAAACGUUUUCAAAUAUAGUUAAUUUUUUGUACAAAGUUUUUAAAAAAUACACAAUUAUUUAUUGCAUAUACUGGAAACGAUAUACGUUUCCAGUAUAUGCAAUAAAUUAUAAUUUAAAAAAAUUUUAUCAAACAAUGAAAAUGCAAUUAAUUUAUUAAUCUAUACUUAAACCUAUCGCAUACUUAUUCCAGUAACCCUAUGCUUGCAAUGGUUAUUCUAAAAUGAUAAACUAUAGUCCAAAUGUAUGCCGUCGAUCUAAAUAUUAUUAUAUAAACAAAAAGAAAAAAGUGUAUACUCAUAUAUUCACUUCACACCGCCUCUGCUUACUCGUACAACUGUUUAUACUAUGUAUCUAGAUAUCAAAGUGUGUGUCUUUUGUGCAAAUUUUAUUAUGUAAUCGGGUAGAUGAGAUAUAUUUUUGAAAGGUUCGUUACAAUUGGUGUAUACUGUAGCUAGGAUAAAACAAUAUUUGUAGUCACCGAGUCUGCCAGUACAAGUGACGUUAUAAGUUGUUAUAGUUGAACUAUGUUAGCUAAGUGGAUCAGGAACAACUAGCUACAUGGCAAUCUCAAAGUUUUUAAAUUAUAUCAAUUAAAAUGAAUAUAAACGACAUCAUAAAUCUUAUUUUCCUGCACAUUUUCAUGAUGUUUGUGUGCAUGUUUAUAUAUAUGUGAAUGUUAAAAAAUAUAGUAUCUUUGAGGGAGUUUGCCAUAACACAAGUCACGAGCUUCCUCGAGUUGUUCGAGUUCAUGAGUUCUUGAUUCACAAAUUUGCAACUUAAUGUGGUAAGUGUAGAUAGUAUUGGCUGGUCGGUGGCGGUAGACACCGAGCACAAUUUUAGCGUCGUUUUGAUGUUAGUUAUCAUCCGACUGAACGCAAUGGCGAACAUCGACAAGCAUUCCAUACGAUUGUUUCCAUUAAUUCAAAAUAAUUCUUUAGGAAAAUUACAAGAAUGUAUCUAUUGAUGCUUUGUGUUAUCUUGACAAUAUUUGCUUAUUGAGCGAUAUUUUUAUUAUUGAUUUUGAUUAGAUAGUCCAGACUCAUGUAUACGGAGACUAAUGACUUUUCCGUAUUUAGUCUAUUAAUUUCGUAAUUUAUUUCCUAUUUCGUCUUUUUUGUGAUUUUUUAUAUUGUUUGUAAAUAUUAAGUAAAAUAUUUUCUUUUUAGUUCUCUUAUUAUUGAGUUGUUAUGAUUUUGUUAUAAUAAAUGAUCUUGUUAAUAUUUUUGAGAAUAUGAUCACGUAAAUUGCUAUGGCUGGUCCCACUGAGUAAUAAUAGCUUCAGCAUAACAUGUAAUAAUUUAUGUCAUUAUUUAUUAUUAAAAUUAUGAUGAAGCAUA